AGUAGAUAGUAGCUCACAGCGAAGAGCACCCGAAAGAUUAUUUGACGAAUAAUGGAGCCGUCCGCGAACAAAUCUCCCUGCGAGGAUCUUCUCCUCUUCAAGCAGGGCUUGGAUUUCCGGUUAACCGAGUUCCUCGAGCAACAACGCCGCAUCCUCCAGACGCACGACCUGCUGAUAUCAAAUGCAAAAGUGUCUGGGUCUGGAAGAGUGCAUGUUUGUCAUGCUUGUCUGGCAUGAUUCUUAACUCUGUCAUGCCCGUUACCCAAGAGGCCCACUUUUCUGUCAUGCAGAAACGCCUUCUGUCAUGCAGAGUAGGCAACACCUAGAAGCUCAGAAACUUGUCAUGCUGAGCCAGCACUUGCGGCCUUCUCAUGAUACGACACCCAGCAUCACAAGUUUCCAGACCCAGACAUUUUUGCAAUCGAUAGCUGACGCAGAAAUGCGACGAAUUGGAGUCCAAGCGGCUCAUCGCACAGUCCGCAAAUUCGGAAGCGAGUGCGAACGCCGGGUCGCUUACCAGUCAGGCCAGCAAGUCCAAUCCGGUGAGGCAACUGUUGAAGAACCAGACGAAGGAAUUGAAAGAGGUGUCGCAAACCUUGAUCAAGGAACGGCAGGACAAGCAGGUGUUGCAAGACGAAAUUAAGAGAUUGCGAAACUGGUUUUCCACCCUCCCGCUGCGCGACGGCCGGGACACGGGAGGGUUCGCGGAUCCGUUCUCGGUAAACGAUCUAUCCUGAGUAAAAACGUACCCACCCCAGAGUUGUAAUGCAGAUUUGCAAUGACAAAGACAUUUGUGAUGCGCAUCCCCAUGAGAGCCAUUUCUAAUCGUGUUUUGGAAUUUGUGAUGCUGUGAACAGGAUCAGCAGGUCGAUUUGUGAUGCGGCUCUCCUUGCUAACUUGCACUACCUUACGGACUGAAACUUGUCAUGCGUGACUCCCAAAACUCCGAGGUUUGUGUUGCAAAGUCCCCAUCUUGACUCUGGUAUGGGUACGUUUUUACUCAGGAUACGAUCCAGCGAUGCUUCACCAGCGGGGCAGGAGCGGCAGCAACGGUCGGAGGAAAGGAAGAGGAGGAAAUCAGAGUAGGUCUUCGUCUGCUUCCAAGAAGCGGGGAGUGAACGAUCGCAGGAUGAUGUCCUCUCCAGGAAGAGGAAGACCCGGAGAGCGUGGUUCUGGGAACAGAAAUGUGAGUUUUGAUGACCAGGUGGAAAAUGUGAAAGAUGAAAACCUUUUACCUGCGUUUCUGCGCUCACCAUCGCAGGUGCCACUACCGAAGACACCGAUGGAUGAGAAUUUGUAAGAGCAGGAGCAGUUGUUUUGUGAAAAAUUGAGCGGCAUUGACUACUGCGAUACGGUCGAUGAAAUUUUCAACAAGUGCGUUCGUUUGCC